AUGAAGGCGUCGAAUUGUCACCUCGUGUUUGACUUCGGUCAUUCUGCGUUGAAAGCAUCAUUUCUAUCGGCCAACGCGACAGUCCAGCUCUACUGGCCUGACUCGUGGGAAGCAAUCAAAAACACUCCGAGAUACAAGUACGGGCUCAAGCCCGAGCAGAGGAUGUUGACAUUCUCUGUGGCACUUGCGCUGGAUUUCGGAGACUUUGUCGUGUCGUUCAAUGGGCCUGACGAUCUGGUCUUUUCGUGCGAGUGGACUGCGUCAUCAUGUUCCAACACGCUUGAACUUGGGGGGCCUUUCGUAGUCGACGUUUUGGGCGAUUGGCCUGGCUACAUGCAUCUUGUUGUCCACUGGCUGGAAGACGUGUACCCCGCAUUGCCGACCGAAGAAAAAGAAACCUGCAUUGCAAUCUUUCUACACGAACACAGCGGCGAGGAAGAUUUAUUUGCCGGAGUGACCAAUCACUCCCGCUCCGAAGUUCUGUUCCGCGCAGGGCUUUCUCCAAACCUGACUCUGAGAGAAGUAGUCGACUCACGCAGUCGUUUCUAUCGCCUGAUUCUCGCGACCUGGCAAUACAAAUACCUAGUCAUGUCAUACCUAUGGCCUCGCUAUGUCAGGCCCGCCAUUCGUGAUCGAAAGAUUGCGCCAACGUUUGAUCAGCGCCUCGAGCUGAUAACCAAAGGCUUCUGGGUUCAUGGGCAAAACCCAUUGAGGACCACAUCCAGAUACAGGACACAGAUAAUGAGAUGCAACCAGCGGGCAGAGGCUGAGGGAUCGGACUCCGAGAAUGACGAACGCGUGCGACUUUUCGACGCAUUUGAGCCUUCGCUGUUGGAGGACGCCAUUCGACACGCACCAGAGUUUUGUCCCGCGAUAUUCAACGGCACGUUCUGGGCAGACCACAAGAGUGAAUUGGAAGAACAUCCGCCUUGGCUAGAGAACCCGCUUGUGAUCAAAGAUUCGAGCGAAGGUUUAUUCGCUCUUUCACAGGAACUCAUAUGCACUACAUCGUGGACUACAUUACUUCUCCCGCCGAACUUGAAUGGACGCCUAGCCGAUACGAGGUGUCUCGCAUACAGCUCCCCAAGUAUCGGGGAGAUAUGGUCUCCCUUAAAACUGACACGUAUGGGAGAUGUGCAAGUCAACGAAUCCCCGUUAUCGUUGGGCAGAACAAUAUCUUCUUCGAGGAGGUAUGGAGUUGGUGUCUUGGAAUCACCCGGAAACGCCAUGGCAAUCCGAUCGUGUACACGACAUCACCAUACGCACCCAUCGCGCGGCGCAAUUGCUGAUGAUGACCCGGCGAUGUAUCAAGUUAUGCGUAAAGGCCUCACGUUCGAGAUGGCUCGCAUUUCUAGUGGUCAAAACAAGCUGAAACGACAAGCUGUGAAGCGUCUCAGCGAGGAAGAGAGAGUGAAAAGACAGCGAGCGGAAGCGGCAUUCGACGAGAUGUGGAUUGAUCGGUUCGGGUGUCUUCCUCGAGAUGAACCCGAGGAGGACCCUAGACCUGUGAAGAGAAGGGCUAAGCAACUCGAGAUAUUGACAGCUGCCGCACAGAAGUUCGUGAAGCCCGAAGGGUCCAAGCGGGUGAAGAAGGAGAGGGGUAUUAGUAUGACGAUUGACAAAGAGAAGGCCUACUGGGAGUGA